AUUUCAAGGCCUUCAAUAGAUUACCGAAGAGUACAGCAAAUAGCAUGUUUAUCUAGUUGAAACUUUGUACCUUGACUGGACUCUGAAUAUUUUUACGGAGUAUAUUCACAGCCGAUGAACUUGUUUGAAAGAAUAUAUAGGCUUGUAUAAUUGAUCACAGUGAAACAAAUUUCAGGGUGUAGCAGACUAUGGCACUCCCAUUUCAUGUGGUGACUAGGUACUUGUCCUCUUCACGAGCAAUGGCAGCCGCUAUUAAAAAUGUUACAGUGAUUGGUGGUGGUUUAAUGGGCUCUGGAAUUGCACAGGUGGCCGCCCAGACAGGCCAUCAUGUUACCAUUAUUGAAAUUAAUGAAGAUGCAGUAAAGAAGGCAAGGAAUGGAAUUGAAAGCAGCCUACAAAAAGUGGCAAAGAAACUCUACAAGGACAAGCCCACUGAUGCUGAGACAUUUGUGAAGGAGACACUAAGCCGACUGCACACUUCCAUAGACGUGAAAGAAGCAGUGAAGAAUACUGACCUUGUAGUCGAAGCAAUUGUUGAAAAUAUUGAUCUUAAACAUAAACUUUUCUCAAGCAUUGAUUCAAUUGCACCAGAACAUACAAUAUUUGCUUCAAACACGUCAUCGUUGUCCAUUCAAGACAUUGCAUCUGUUACAGAGAGGAAAGAUCGAUUUGGAGGAUUACAUUUCUUCAAUCCGGUCCCAGUCAUGAAACUUUUAGAGGUUAUCCGUAUACCAGAGACAUCUGAUGAAACAUAUGAGAAAAUUACAGCAUGGGGAAAAGCUCUUGGAAAAACAACAAUUACCUGCAAAGACACGCCUGGAUUUGUGGUUAACCGAUUAUUGGUACCAAUGUUGGCGGAGGCUGUCCGAAUGUUAGAAAGGGGUGAUGCUACAGCAAGGGACAUUGACACUGCAAUGAAAUUGGGCGCUAGUCAUCCUAUGGGGCCAUUUGAACUCGCAGAUUAUGUUGGCAAUGACACCACCAAGUUUAUUCUUGAUGGAUGGCACAAGAAGUACCCAGAUGUCGAGCUGUUUAAGCCAAUUCCUCUGUUAACGAAACUAGUAGAGGAAGGGAAGUUAGGAAGAAAGACUGGACAAGGAUUCUACACAUAUGACAAGAAUACAAAGUAAAACAUCCUUUCCAACCGUAACAGAAACGGGAUAUCAACUGACCUGCUCAUUUACACAGAUUUUUUAUGCGCUUUCGUAUUC